CAUUUUCACGCAGCCACGGUAGAAAAUAAUCCUCGCGCCAUUUUUCUCAAAUUUUCUUUUCUUUGUACUUGUAUUGUGAAUAUCUAAAAAUGACAACUUUCAAUAAUGAAGAUGAGCAAUAUAUUACUUCAACUCCACCGGAUAUACUAACAGAAGCGCGAACCGCAUGCGACAGCUUGCUGCCGUCAAUAUCCAAGGAUAGAUACAUAACCACGUAUGAAAAUUUCUUGAAGUGGAAAAACAUGAAAAAUGCCAAGUCAUUUUCCGAAAAUGUAGUUUUGGCGUAUUUUAAUGAACUAGCUAGUAAAUAUAAGCCUAGCUCGUUGUGGACAACAUAUUCUAUGCUGAAAAGUACCCUCAAGAUGAAAAAUGGUGUCGAUAUUAAUUUAUAUACAAAUCUAAUUGCAUUUUUAAAGAGACGCUCUGAUGGUUUUAUAAAGAAAAAAUCUAAGGUACUGUCAUUAAAUGACGUCGAAAAGUUUCUAAAAUAUGCUCCAGAUAGCCAGUACCUGGCAACAAAGGUUGCGUUAAUAUUUGGUAUUCAUGGUGCAUGUAGACGGCAAGAGCUUCACAAUAUUACCACAAAAGACAUUGAAAAUCAAGGCAAAAUGCUUUUAGUUAAAAUCCCAAACACUAAAAACAAAAUACCCCGAUCUUUUAUUAUCGACGGCCCAUUUUAUGACGUGGUCAAAAAAUAUGAAGCUCUGCGUACGACUAAGACAAAAAGUAAUCAUUUCUUUCAGAAUUACCAAAAAGGUAAAUGUACUGCGCAACCUAUUGGCAUAAAUAAAUUCGGUACCAUGCCAAAGGAAGUCGCCAAGUUUUUAGGAUUGCCGGAUGCUGAUUGUUAUACAGGGCACAGUUUCAGAAGAACGUCAGCUACAUUACUUGCUGAUUCGGGAGCUGAUAUAUUGACUUUAAAGCGGCAUGGCGGCUGGCGUUCUAACGCAGUAGCAGGAUCUUAUGUAGAAGAUUCCAUCCAAAACAAAGCAAAUAUAAGUGCCAAAAUAACUCAG